GCAUUCCCCGCGACGGAUGUGUCGUCUGCUUUGGCUAAACCCAUUCAGGAUUACCGACCAAAACAGAACUGUUAAUACAGUUGUGGAUCUAGAUCUAGUUGCAGUGAUCUGUUCAAGUCAUCAAUGGCAAUUGUGAAAAUUUUCACAAUAUAGAUCUAGAUCCUGUGAUACUUGUGUUUUACUUUUUCGGUGGAUUAUAUGAGAAAAAAUAUAAUUAAAAAUCGAUCAUAUUUUAUUGUGAUGGUUCAGUAAAAUGGAUUUAUUGGCAAAUCGAUCAUAUUCUAAAAGACACUAACUACAUUGUUUUACAAAAACAUAAUUGAAUAUCUAGGAUUUUUAGGUUUCUCGUUAUCCGAACGUUGAGUUGGAUUAUCUGCGUGUUCAGUAUUCGUCAUUAUUGCUCCAAAAUAACUGCAACUUCUCCGAUGGAAAACAAGAGAAUAUGAAACGAUUUCUUCUUGUAUGACGUACCAACGAGUGUAUAAACGUUUACCAACAUUAAAUAUUUGAAGUGAAUGGGUGACACAGACUCAGAAGUAAGACAUGGAGGCAGUUGCACACACAUAUAGAGGUCAGUGCGAUGCCGCUCGCUUCCUCUUCCAGUGGAUAAACAGCAUGGGGAGGGGAGUGCAUGACACCUCAGCCUUCAGUCGUGAUGGUUGAUAGCGGGGGUGAGGGGAAGAUGAAGGAGUCAGGUGGGCACCCCCUCCCUACCAAUAUCCGGGAGCUUCUCUGGGAAGACAAAUCGAGAACGCUACGGGAGCUGAUCACAAGCUAUCGCCCGCCACUGGCGGUCAAAUUAAAAGGUGGCGAUCUAGCCAAAUAUUGUCCGGUUGAGACAAACAGAGAAACAAUAGCAGCAACACUGACCAACAACAUUUCCAGCAUUUCUUCCAUUCCUCCCAGCCUUGUCACGUUUACCGUGGGUCAAGAUGCCCUACCCAGCCCGGUCUCCUCAUCAGGGCCCACGGAUGGCCCCUCCGCUACGGCUGUCCACGGCAGCGCGGAUAGCUGCGUGAAAAAGCCUGGGAAGGAAGAAACAAUCUUGCAGAUUCAUGAAACCAAGAGAAAGAAGAUCAUCCUCGCUCGGAAGAUGACAUGGGAGAAACGUCAGAAUGAUUACAUAGUCAGUGGGGAGCAAGUGGAAAUCCCCGUAUCUCUCAAAGGUUGGUUGGAAGUACUUCCGGACGACGGCCGGCCUGUGGAAUACUUCGACACUAUUGGCGGCAUCACCAGCAACAAAUGCAAGAGAUUUCUGCUGCGGACUAGCGCAGUGUGCCACCUGUUGAUACCAGAAGAGAACGGCAACAGCUGCUGGAUACCCUUUGAAGUCAAACCUGGGGAAGUGCUGACCACUGGCAUCGUGUACACAGACAGCAAGAAAACAAAAGGCGCGGCGCAGAAGAAUAUCUUCAAACGCCUCCUGAAGCAGACCAAGGGGAAGAAAGACCAGGAACUGAAAUACUUGCAGUGCUUCGAUACGCUGGCCAGGGAAAUCAUGGUGCCUUUCAUCGUGAACGGAGUGUUCAGCCCUGUCGGAAACUCAUCCGUCGCCAAUUACGACGCCGUCUACGAAUUGCAGGAUUUAAUUUUAGCAUUUGGUUUCCCCGUGAACGUUCAGGUUGUGCACAAUGGGAACAACAAAGAUGGUCCACAGUGGCCGAAGGGCGUUCUGCGUUUGUACGGCGCCAGAGAAGAAGAGUUUGCGGUGGUCUCAAAAGUGAAACCUGACGGGGGGCUCAGUCUGACAUCUGAUGCAGCUAGCAGUGACAGGUUUGAGAUCCCAGUGGAUAAAGAUUUACUUUUCUCUAGAGGCGUGUUUAAAAAGAAGCCUACGAUUAAGCCGAAAUUAGGUGAUUUGCUGACAAACGUCUCCGAGAAAAAAACAUUUCAACCAGAAGUCAAAGAAAAAGACAUUAUGUAUAGCAGAGCCAGUUCAGAGGAAAAACAAACAUAUUCUAUGAACAAUCAACGUAAGCCUAUUUUGGCCAAGUCUUUGUCAGUGACCUCUUCCACCUCUAUUCACAUUUCUAGCAGCAUCGCUACCACCCUCAGUGAAAGCGAAUCUACAACUUCUGGCAAAGAAAUUAUCACAGGCAUUGCAACACUAGAAACUAAAAAUACUGAAGAAAACGUCACUGAAGCUAAUGUGGUAAACUCAGUGGAUGUCUCAAAAGUAGCAGAUUCAGGGGAAGCAACUAGCAAAGAAAUUGAACUUCCAGAAAGAAUUCCAAAAGAGUUGAAGAAAUCUCGGUCCACCGGAAUUCUCGACAAACUCAGUGUCAGGAAGGUGAAGAAAGAAAGAGCUAAGCUAAAGGAGCUAAAGGGUGAUGACGUUUUCUCAAAGCGCAUCGCUCGUCACGAACUCAGCUACCAAGAGUUUUUUAACGGUCUUGAUGAUGAAGGCAUGCCGGCGAAACGAAGCGAGGAGGUGAAAGUGAAACAGGACGACUCCGGCUUCGGUAGCAGCAAUGGCACAUACAAAAGUAUCACUUCCAACGGUUCCAACAAAAGUGGCACUGAACCAAAACUGGACAGCACCGCCCCAAUACCACAAGUGGGUAGAAAAAUAAACAUGAAAGAGCGUGACCUUCCUCCCAUCCCACCAGAUUCUCCCCAGCACACUCAGCUUUUACUUCCGGUCACUGACGUCAAUGGUUCAAAAGAAUCUCUGUAUGAGCAUUUACCUCCGGCACCACACCCUCCCCAUUUCCAUAGAUCAAAGUCUAGUGACUCUCCUUUGUUGCGGAAGCGAUUCGAGGAAGAGGAAGAUGAUGACGAUGAUGAUGACGACGAUGGAUACAUGAUUCCGGUCAAGACAUCUGAACAAAGGUACAUCAAAAAAUCAGAAUUCCAGCUCCGUACAAGGCCCUCGACUCCUCACGAAUCCUACAGGAAUGAAAGAGAGAAAAGGUCCAAAAGUGAGGUGUUUCAGGACUUCAAACAAAUGCCACGCGAUGCCGACGACAUUGACAGAUCUAUAGACGGAUUGUUUGACUUCGCGUACGAGGAGUUUGGUGACGGCCGCCCUUUCGGCGCAGUGGGUGGUUUGUCUGCUGCUGUCAGCACAUCGCAUCUCUACGGCGCAGCCCAAGCGUCAAAAAGGAAAUCCGAUUAUCCUACAACUAUGUCCAGCUUGCAACAAAAAUUUAUGGAUAACCUUGACCUUGAAACUCGUAACCAUCGACGUCGAAUGAAUCUCAAGCACGAUCAGGCUCGCCAAGUGAAUUCUAAUCCCAACGCCACCAUCCGCUCACACAAUUUGAAAAAACUGAGGCCAGCUGUUAGAGAUGUAUUCAAAUCUGCCAGCUCCAUUCAUGCUACCGGAGCAUAUGACCUUCACCCAGUUGCCAGGGACGCUCUAAUAAACACUUUCCAAACUUCAUACGACCAGCAGGUCGACAUAUACUCUCGAGCGUCUCGCCCCGUCCUUUACGGCAGCCGUUCAUCUGCAACACCCUAUCCGCACCACGUACCCCAUCCUCCACCUUUUCAAAACAUUUACGGCCCAGGAUUUGGCAGCCAGUACGCUGAGAGCGAACCCUGUUACCGUCACAUCAUGCGUCCUGCGUCCGCUGGAGGUCCGGCGGAGAUGUUCGUGAAACACGGCGACGACUCGGCUAUCUCCAUUGGCUCUAAGGGGGACGGUGGCUAUCCCAACGAGAGUGAGUACAGCUUUAAUGAAUACAUGUCCAGGGAGGAUAACGAUGGCUGGACACCUCCCAUGGAGAUAGAAGGCAUGAGCGUGCAAGAGGUGUCCAAAUCUUUGAGGUACAUUGGCAUGAAAGACAGGGUGGUGCUUCGGUUCUCCAAUGAGCAGAUAGACGGCAGUAUGUUAUGUACACUGGAUGAGAAGCUCCUGAAAGAGGGCUUUCCUGAGCUCAAUGCACUCGAGGUGAAAAAAAUUGUGGACUUUAUUCGAGGAUGGCGACCAAAGAAAUACUAAUACUGUAUAAACGCGUCUACAAUUUGGUGUUUUAUCAAGACGAAUCUAGCAGGACAAAGUUCAACAGCGUUCUACUGUGUAAAGCGCCAUCAAAUCAUCAUCUUCUAAUAUAAUCAUUAGCCAUAAGGGCUCUAAAUAAGAGCGAAGAUAGUUUUACAUGUAAAUAUAAAAUGUUAUGUAGACUAAAUGAAAUGGUUAUACAUAAUUUUUUGCAAGCACAAUUAUAGUGCUAAUUAAUUGUCAUGUAGAGGUUAAUGAGUCCAGUAGGUGUGGCUACAAUGGCAAAUCCUAUAUAAGGAAAAGCGAUGUAACCGCAUUGCAGCCAAGGGUGAAUCUAGAACUUUGAAAAGGGUGCUUUUUUUUUAACUCAAUAAAAAGAUUGAUCUUAAAAUUCUAAAAGAAAAAAACUAUUAGAACCAUCUGUAAUCUGUAUCUCUACAUACUAAGGCUCUGUCUCUAUUUACUAACGUGCAUUGAAAGUCAAUGCAAUAAUGUUGGUUCACUAGAUGUUUAUAAGCUCAUUUUGCUCUAGGACUAUUGACACUUGUGAAAAGUUCAGAAAUAAAGGCUACUGGAUUCUAAACUCAAAGCUGUCGUUGGAUAAAUUGUACUCUACAAUGUUUGACAUGUACAAAUAAAAUGUGUUUUGCUACAAUCUACUCUUGUUGCUUGGACAUUCAUAGAUCCUAGCAUUUUUCAUCAUCUCAUUUCUUGAGAGCUGGUAGUACUUCAAACUAUUUCAAUUUGUUUCAGAGACUGACCUCUAGUAUUGAUGUGAUCAAUAAUGUGGUCAUUUUGUACUAAAACAAUGCAACCCAGGAGACACAUUGCAAACAUGGAAAAAAAUUUAUUCAUGGAAUAAAUGUCAUGCGAAAAAACAAAUGACAUUAACAACACUAGGGGAGGGACCAUAGGAAUGCCACUUUGAACAUGCUUCCCACAUAGGGCAAGGAAUACAUCAAUAAAAGGUUAGCCAUGUCCAAAUAAGCUGUGUGAACUAGAUGUAUGACUUAUGUCAAACAGUACAAAACUUGCUGUUCAAAAUCAGAUUCUUUAACAGUACCGGUAGUCUGAACUUUAUAGACCAAUCUUCUGAUACUAACCAUAAAAUGAGCUAACAAAGGUGUCAUAAGAUAAAUGUCUUUUGGUACCAUUACCACCUUCCCUUCUUUCAUUAAAAAUGAUGGGGUCCCAAUCUAUGUCUGCCCUUUGACAUUAAACUACCCUUGCAUUUUGAGAACCCAGGGAUUAGGACCAAUGAAUGUAUAAAUUUACAUGAACAAUAAAGACAUCUGCUGUGGUAUAAAUUAUGGACAGGACUCGGAAAAAUGUAACUGAUAUAGUGACUGAUUGAUUGAUGUAUUACUGGUUUGCAUACAAUGCUAAGAAUACUAUAAUAUAGACCUAGACUGUGAUUUAGUGCUCGACAACAGACUGCCUGUCCAAAGUUUGGCUUGUACUGUUCUUCUUUCUGAAAUUUCAAUUAUAAUUGUCAUCACGGAAGUCAAUAGUGGAUUUGCAGUGUUCAAAAGAAAUCUACACAUAUAGCCAAAGUGGCAACCAAUGA